AUGGCGGGUAGCAUGAGUGGUUUAGUUGUUCGUGAUGACUCGGAUGAAUCUUUCUUGGCGUCGCUGAGAAGCUAUUCGAUGCAGAAUGCUCAAAAAGGAACAAAACAAGUCAAGCGGGGAAAAAGGAGGAGUACCACAGCUGAUCGUCCACCCUGGAAAAACGUUUUUGAUGAUAUUACCUCUGCUCCAACUGCACCGGAAAAUGACGAAAAGCUCCCUAUGAAUGUUUCCCGUUUUGAAGAAGUUCGUGGAAGUUCGCAGAAUAUUUUUUCUGGCGACGAGCGCAGUGAAAGAUUGGCCUCUUUAAUAGCACAGACAAGAAAGUUGCGUGAAGCUGGCGAUGGCCAAGAAGCUUUUGAAGAAAAUCAAAAACUUGGCAAAGUCGAGAGCAAAGGAUUAAAUCGUAUCCAGCAAUUGAAGAGGGAGGUUGAAUGUUUACGUGCGCAGCGACUCCACAAGUUCGAAGCUGAGAAAAGCCGCCAGGAGUUCAAAUGUAACCAUAUGCUUCGAAAAUCUUACGAAGUUCGGGAAGUUAACGAAUUUAUAAAGAAGCAAAGAGCACGUCGACGAGUAUCUGAGGAGAAAGCGACGGAAGAAGCGAGAAUGGAACGCAUGAAAAAAGCUCAGAAAUUACGCGAACUUCAGGAAAAGGCUGCGAGUGUUCGUCGUGCCAGUUGCGUACCACAGAGCUCUCCUUGUGCGGACCGUCGAAUGUAUUCAGAACCUCAAACCAUAAAACGAAGCGCUUCUGUACCGACACGUCCGGAAAAUUCGGAAUACGAUGGCAAUAAACCAAUUUCACGUUGGGGCGAAAAUCUGCUUCUAAGCGACGAACGGAUAAGAAAUCUUGCCACCGCUUUGUCCACGAGGCUCGAGGAAGAAGGUGCUGCGUAUUUGCAGAAACUUCGACUCUUCUACGACUUGAAGAAAGCCGCUCGUGUUAAGAAGUCCCCUGUCUUGAACGACAUUAAUGUUCGUCGACAAAAAAGAUCGAGCGAAAAUGAUCCAUCUGACCGGGAAGGAUUAGUGGUCGACAUGCCGCCGGAGGGAAGAGUGUUUUUUUCAGGCAUGGAUCCAGAAUUGAGUGCCGGCGAACUUUCAGACGACUCAGAAACUGGUGCCGACGUCAGCAAUAUGGCUGAGGAGAUUGUUGAGUUGAAGCUAUCGAAUGCUGAAAAUCUCGGAGAAGUUCAACGAUCUUCAUACCCCCGAAGUCCUCCGGAUACCGUCGAAAAAGUUCUUCAGUCGGCGCCUGGGAUGAACAGUUAUCCUUCUGAACUUCGAAAGACUGCACAAGCGACCGCAAAAGCGUCACCCGAACUCUCUGAUGCCGAGAAGAAGUCCAAGACGACAGCAGUUAACGGCCUUCACUACAUCGAUGGCACACACCUAAGGCGUGCGCUCUUGUCCACUUUGACGAAAGCUGAUGAUGGUAAAAUUUUAGCUGGAAAAUCGGAUUUCGGGGUAAUUGAAGCAUUGAAGUGCAAAUUGAGAAUAAACCCCCGUGAGGUGAAUUUAGCCGGCGAGUUUCGCAUUCCGUUGAACUCUCACCGAGGGAGUGCUGAUGCUGCAACGCAGCAUAACGACGCUCUUGUGGCGUCGAAAGGUGUGCAAGCAUGUGAAACAGUGGAUGCGGGUGUGGAAACAUCUGGAGGUUCUCCAUAUUAUGAAGACAAAGCGUUACAAACUUCUUUUCUUCCGUCACCUGUGGUGAAGGACGCUGUUUGUUCCACGGACGAACCAAGUAUUUCAUUGGAUGUAAAGCGCAGUGACAGUGUCUUUGCCCGUGUUCACACAAUGAACGCCUCUGCUCGUCAAGUAAACCCGGAGAAACAUUCUUUGAAUAUGGCUUCAGCGCCUUUGGGUGAUACAAGUAUCGAUGAACCUACUGAUGCAUCUACGAGUGGCAUUCUGGGGUAUGCCCCGCGAACUUUGGAUAUGAAAUUUCGCACUGAGCUGGCUUAUCUCGAAACCCUCGAGGAAUCCAUUCGACAGCUUGGUGAGCUGUAUCGGAUCAGUUCUGUUGCCGGUACCCAACAGGAUAAUCUGGUUCUUGCAGAAAUCGUCAAGUUACGACAGCAGGAGCUGUUGCCAUUGCUGAAGGCAGAGGAGCAAAAUCGACAAUCCGAAGAGCAGAGAAAAGUUGCUUUGGAUGCCGAAACGCGAGCCAUUCAGCAGACCCUAGAAACUGUUCGCCGGGAAACGCAUGCCUUGAUUGCACAAUCGACUGAAAAAAUGACAGAAACCCAAGCUCAAAUGGCGCAAAUUGCUUCGGAUGUCGUGAAAGAAAUCACAAAAAUUUCUCGAGUUCCUCAGACGAUGGAUCAUGAUCUCACAUCUGCUGCUGUCUCGGCAGCGAUUGAAACGGCCAUUAAGCAGAUUAAAAAGACUCACAAGUUGGUGCAUGGCCAGUCCUCGGUGUCGUCUCUUUCCGAAGAAUCGACCAUCACUUCUCAGGGAGAUGACUCCAAGUUGUGUUCUCGAAUCGAAGAGAAAACGAAUAAUGGCAUGGAAGCGAGAAAAUCACCGACAAACGGUUUUGAGAUUGAGCUCUCUCACAUGCCUGCAACCCGAAAAGAGGAUGGCAGUAUUGCAGAAGAAAUUUCAGAAGCGUACUCAAGUGAUUUCGAGCCAAUCACGAAUGAAGUGUCUGCAUCGGAAAAUCCUCCAGUAGCAGUGCUAGGUCAAUCUACCGAAACUCAAAGUGGAUUCCGUCGACACGCCAUCCAGCUCGGGAUCAAGAAGCCAGGUAACGAUAUUUACACAGUUGGUAGUGCACUGGUGUCCACGGAUUCCCCAAGUACACAGUCCUUCGAUGACAUCAACCUGGCCAUGGUGAAGCACCAGCUGGCUGCUGUGGAAUUGCGAGCAAGACAACAGAAAUCAAUGCUGAAGAUGAAAGAAAUUAACAUCGCUGCCUCUGCUCGUUCUGAGAUGGGCGAUAUCGAGAAUAAACGAAACGAUGCUGAAUUAUCUGGGGAUAGAAGGACUCUUGCUGCUUUGAAGAAACGCAAGGAACUACUAGAGGAACGCAUCAAAAUGGAGAAAUCUCGUAUGAUUCGCUUGAAAGAGGAAGUUGCAGCAGAAAACAAACGAGAACGUCUAGCACUUCUGGAACGGCAAGAACGGAUAAUCAAAUUGAGAGAGCAAUCCAAGAGUGCCGUAGUUCUGAGUGAAAGCAGAAAGCAGUCCGUCGCUUCCAUCGCUGCAGCUGACAACGUGAUUAGUGGAGAUAGCGACAAAGAAAAUCAAGAGACGGCAGGAAACCUGGAAAUUAAAAUUAACUCCGAGGAAAAACAAUCGUCUUCUGUCACUCCUCCAGAAGAAAACACCCUUUCCGGUGUCGCGUCUUCGAAGCUGGAAUCGGUGCCGGAAACUUUGAUUGUGCCUAGACAUUCACGCAGUCAUUCGGACGAUUCGAAAGCACGCCAGGGAUUUUUACUGCCAAAUUUAUCCCGCGGUGACUUGGAUCGAUCCUUCAGUGCUUCCCAGCUGCCGAUGUUGGAAAGAAAUUACAGAAACUCUGCGCAUUUCCGAAGUAGAAAAGGGCCCUCUCAUAACAAUUCAAGUUCUUCUGAGUCGACUCUUACUGAUCAAGAUGAUCCAUUGGGAAGGAAAGCGUGGAGGAGCCUGAAGAGAUACGAAGCUAAUAAGAGAAGAGAACAGCAACUUCACGAACGACGAAAAAAUGUGGAGGAGUUGCUCGCGUGGCGAACUAGGCUGGAGAAAGAAGAACUGGUUGUUCGGAAGCUGGAAGAGGAAGCUCUGAAGUACAAGGCUGCAGCACAAGUUUCAUCCCAUGAAACCUCAGUUGUUGAUCGGGUGGAACAAAAUCUGUGCAAAGGCGAAGAAGCUCGGAAUCAGAAGCGUUCAAUCUCCGCUCAUGAUUCUGUGGACGCGGAUGUUCUUGAUCAUCCUGUGACUGAGUCAUCGAUUCCCGAAGAAUUGGAAGAUGACCACAGUGCUGUGCAGGGAAUAGAAAUUGACGCAUCCAUUCCUGAAAAGAGUGAUGUCAGUGCAGCUGAAGUCGAUUCCCAGGAGCUGAUCGAAUCAGAAGUAGAUGGGAUUCGUGCAGACGUGAGUGAAGAGCGAUAUGUGCUUCACGAUUCCCAGUCGGAACAAAUAACCGAGGAAAGUGCCGAGGAAACUCGACAGAAACGUUUACGUGAAAAGUUUCGUAGCAAAGCUGGUAUGAUUGUUUCAACACCAUUAUCUCCGAGAACUACGCGUCCGAAAAGGAGGUUGUCCAGUGGGUCGGAUGACAGCUUUUCGCACACUCAAACUGAAACUUCAGAUGUCGGCAGUGAUGCUGAAGGAAGGAUAAUAGCGUUACAAGAAGAAUUGAAACGCCGUCAUCGGGAAGUUGAAAGACUGAAAAAAGAAGCCAAACGUCGUUACCGGGAGAAAUUGCGCAAUUACAACAAUUUCAUCGCUCAAACCAAAAGAGAGCUAGAGCAGGAACUGAGUGACGGAGACCUGAGAGUUGGCAGUGUGAAGCCACAAAUCAAGAAGCCGAAAUACCGUCAAAAGGACUUGGGAGCCUCAGGAAUCAAUGUGAUCCCUAAUGCAGAAUCGUCUGCCAGCGUCCAUGAUGAACAGGCAUUGGAAAUAUCCGAAGAAUGCGAUUCAGGAAGUGGAAAAUUUGUUGAGAAUGAACCCAUUAGUUUGGGAGAAGCUGCGAGCCAGUCUUACUCUGCUGCCUUCGAAAGUUCUCUCAGUGGGGAUGACCAAUCCUGUGUGAGCGUUGCUACUUUGGAGGCUGAAACGGAAAAUGAGAUGAUUCUGACAGAAUCUGAAAGUUCAUCUGGAUCACAGAUCAAGAAGUCCGAGUCAAUCGUUGACAAUAGUGAGGAAUUAGAAUCCGAAAAAAUAGAAACUAUUGAAACGGAAAGCGAGAAGGAAUUUUCGGACGAAACAGAUGAUGGCCAAGUGCCUUCGCCUGUUCUUGAAGAUCUCUCGCGGCGGAGUUCAGCCAGCACGGAUACGAUCGUUCUUAGCCCUCUUAAAACUCCCGUUUCUUUGACCGGGAACGUUUUAUCCCCCGAAGAAAAAGAUGUUGCGGGAGAAUUUCCCAUCACUGAAUGGCCCGCCGAAAACACACACAUCGAAUUGGAGGAAACUCAAGAAAGCAACGAAGGGUCUGAUGCGAUUGCGUUCGAAGAUACAGAUGAAAAUCGCGAUGAGCCGUCGUCUACUCUCGAUAACUUACAGGUGGAUGAGAAUUGCAAAAAUCCAUGGUUAGAUACUUCCGUAAUGGCCCCGGAACUUGCGACCAGGAAUCCGGGCCAGCAUCUCCCGAAGGACAAGAUUAAAUUUGUCGAUGAAACUGUUGAGUUGCUCCUUGCGUCGAUGAUGAAGUCUUUUUUUGACGAUCCAGUUCAACUAAAGCCUUCAAAUCUGCCUGUGCGGAAUGAAGAUCGUCCGAAUUUUACUUGUGCUCUCGAAGAGAUUUUGGAGAAACCGGAAGGAUCAGUAUUUCCUCUAUCAGAGAUUGAAGAUGUAGAUGGUGGUUUCACCGAGUUAGACGUCAAGGAAAAAUUGGCUGGCGAGUACGCGGAUGCAAUCCUGAGUGAUCUUGCGAAAGAAAUUGUCGAUGAAAUUGCUGCAAUUAAAGAAACGAAGUCCGAGCUUGACAUCGUAAGACCACCCCGACCGUCUACUUCACCUACACCUCCUGUCUUGGUAUUUCCAUUGACUGAUGCUGUUGCCGCUGCCCUGGAUCGAGCAGUUUCACCUGUUACUCAACCGAGUGGAGAUCUGGAUGUAUCGGUGGACCUCCUUGCGCCUCUUUCCCCGGGACAUCUCUUACCUGUUGGGCGAGUUCGACAGUGUUCUGUCGACGACAUGCAACUCACGUUUUCGCCUAAAAAAGGGAAUUGGAAUGAAAACGACUUCGUUAUGCUGAGCAAACAAAGAGAGCAUGAGAAGCUAAAAGAAAAGCAGGCCCAAAUUGAACAUGAGAUAAAAGAACUAGAAGCAUUGCAGCAAAUGCAACAGUUGCAAGAACAAGCUGCUCCUUUUUACCUUCGAGAGAUCCCCAACAAACCUCCACCUCCUUAUACACCCCCGAAACAAAAUGGAUCAUCAACUGGAUCCCCGCGAAGUCGUGGUCAUCGUCAUUUGAAUACAGGCCUUCGACUAUCAAAAUCCGAUCUGGAAAGAUUGGCAUUGGAAGCAUGUCGGGUCAUUCCAGUUUUUAAAGAAGAGCACGAAACUUACCUGGCGAAAGCGGCAGAAAUUGUCUUCAAAUGCUAUGCUGCUGGAAAUGACGUCAGCUCAAUGCAACCUCCACCUGAAUACUUCGGCCCGAAAGAAGCUGGAGAUGAUCCUGAUACGAUUGUGCGUCGCUGUUACAUCGAACUCCUUUUUGACUUGGCCAAAGAAACAUUAGUUGAGCGGAUGAAUGCAGCUGUAGUGACCCCGAGACCCGUCUACAUGAAGCCGAAAUUAGUUCCUCACCGAAGCUGGCUCAUGCCCCAAAAUGUUGAUGUGUUGAAAGAUGCUGCCUGUAAGGCGGGUCUUCGGUGGCUAGGCUUUGAGCCGAAGGCAAACCGUGAUCGAUUUAUAGUCGAAUGGACCAAAAAGAAGAAAGACAACGUUGAUCGUAUUCUUGUUGCGGAGUUGCAGCGGGAAGAAGCGGCUUGGACGGAUUUUGAAGAGGAGGAAGUAUUCAUCAAAAACAAGCUAACGAACGUCAUUUUCGAAGAUCUAGUUGCCGAAUUUGUUGAGGAAUUGGCAAGUUUGCGAUCGUUGAGACGAAAAAGAGUUGCCUACACGAAAACAUAGCCUUAAUGUUUUUUUUUAGAUUAAAGUGUAAAAUCCGUCCGAAAAUCUAAAGGAAAUCAUGUGCGAUCAAGUUUGCGGUAUGCUCGUGCCAUUAUAAUUUCUAGCCUCAGAAUCUACUUUCUCGAGAUGAUUUUGAAACAUUUGAAGUGUAUUUAGUGCAGCCUGCUCAAUUGAAUUUGCGAUUCUGUACCUAAGGUUCAGUCACCCGUCCAUAUUUGGCCCUCGAACGAAGACAAAUAAUUGGUACGACCAUCUGAAUACGUACUAUGGUGGCAUUCGUCCGGAGGCAUUUUACGCCAUCUGACAAUAGGAAGUUUUACGUUUUGGUGACGCUAUUAUUUUGUAGUCGCCGAUCUGUUGGUUCGAAAACUGUGCUCAAAGCAGAAUAAGAACGAAAGUUUGAAGUUUAUAUCGAGAGUCCUUCUCAAAUGCGGCGUGCCAUUAUCCUGUUCGAUUGUGUUCUGAUCUGCUUUUUAAAUUUUGUUGAUGGUUUAUUUGGUCUUCAUUGAGAUGAUUUUGGAGAAUUUGUUGUACUUCCGUGAUUCACCUUUCGCUUCGUGAAAUUCUUUUCUCCUUUUUCGCGUUUUGACGAAUGAAAUUGGGUAUCCUGCGAAUAUGGUACUGUUUUUGGCAAGAAGCUCGUUGGCAUGUCCUUCUAUUUAUUGAAAGGGUGGGAGUUUAUUAUGGUAAACCUUUUCUACUGCGGUUCUAAAGUGAAAGUUUCACUUCAGUGAUGAAGUGAAAUUAAAGGAAAUGUGUUUUAGUGAUACCUGUACCGAAUAAUUUGCUGCAAACUCUUGGUGAAAUAGUCGGACGAGAGCUUGAGAA